UCAUGACCGGUAGCUACGUUAGUUCCUAGACUGGGAAUUCUCUCGGUACAAGUACAUUUACUUAGUGAUAAGCAGGGACAUGCACAGGCUUGCUGUCUCUUAGAAUGGAAAACGCCCAACGUUGCCAUCUAAGUAUUUGCUAGAUCACAUGCUGGUUGGUGGGAGUACACCACAAAGUCUUCAUACUCCAACCGUUCUACAAGCGCUGGUAUAAACGCAGCAGGACAACUUGACCCGGACAGUGUUACACAACCUGCUACAUUGUUCCGACCAUUGCCUUGGUCAUGUUGAGACACCUGGUGGCAGCACUGUUGCUGGCAGCGAGCGGCAACGCGCGGCUGUCUCCGUUCUCGGCGCGCUUUCCGACCCGCGUGCCGCCGAUGCUGGAGAACAGUGGUGACCCUGGUGAGGCUCUCUUCCUCACGCCGUACAUCAAGAGCGGUCAGCUGGACAAGGCGCGCGCUCUCAGCCGGGUCGGGCCGCUGCCGUCACCGCCGCCCACCAGCCCUCUCAGCUACAGCGGCUUCCUCACCGUCAAUGAGAAGUACGACAGCAACAUGUUCUUCUGGUUCUUCCCGGCGCUCGAGCGGCCCGACGCCGCGCCCGUGCUGCUCUGGCUGCAGGGCGGCCCCGGCGGCUCGUCGCUCUACGGGCUCUUCUGCGAGCACGGGCCGUUCGUGGUGGACGCGGCGCUGCGGCUGCAGCCGCGCGACGUCGCCUGGACGCGCCACUACUCGGUGCUGUACGUCGACAACCCCGUCGGCACGGGUUUCAGCUUCACGCGGCACGACGCCGGCUACGCACGCACGCAGCGCGACGUCGCCGCCGACCUUUACGAGGCACUGCGGCAGUUCUUCACGCUGUUCAGUGACUUCCGCGCGCGCGACUUCUACGUGACGGGCGAGUCGUACGCGGGCAAGUACGUGCCCGCGAUCGCCUACGUCAUCGAUCAGCGCAACCCGUCCGCCGACACGCAUAUCAACCUGAAGGGCGUCGCUAUCGGCGAUGGACUCUGCGAUCCGGUGACGAUGUUCGGCUACGCUGACCUGCUCUACCAGGUGGCGCUGGCCGACGAGCGGCAGCGCGAGCACGUGCGCGUGCGGACGGACGCGGCGGUGGCGCUGAUCACGCGCAAGCUCUACCGCGAUGCGUUCCUCGUCUUUGACGCGCUGCUGAAUGGCGACCUCACCCCGUACCCAUCCUACUUCUACAACAUCACCGGCUCGACGAACUACUUCAACUACCUGCUAAGCACUGCCGAUGACGACGACGCACACUUCUAUGGCUACCUCGCGCUGCCCGCGACGCGACGCGCUGUCCACGUGGGGGCGCUGCCGUUCAACAAUGGCACGAUCGUCGAACAGCAUCUAGUUGACGACAUGAUGCAGAGUGUGAAGCCGUGGGUCGCGCACAUCAUGGACCGCUACAAGGUACUCAUGUACAGCGGCCAGCUGGACAUCAUCGUCGCAGCAACGCUCACCGAGAACUUCCUGUGGAGCGUCGAGUGGCGCCACCAGAGAGACUACCACCGAGCGGACCGCACCUGGUGGCGAGUAAACCCCAACGACACCGAAAUCGCUGGAUAUGCCCGCCAGGUGGAGCAGUUCUACCAGGUGGUCAUCCGCGGCGGCGGUCACAUGCUACCCCACGACCAACCGGAGAGAACAUUGGACAUGCUUAACCGAUUCAUUACAGAUUCUGGGUUUUCUAAUUAGGACACGCGUCGAAAGCUAUAUCUAAUUCUGCCUGCAUGGAUAAGUGCGUAAUGCCCCAUGUAUUGAAAUGCAUAUCUAAUACACCAUAUAGUGAAAUGCAUAUCUGCUACCCAUGUAUUGAUAGGUAUAUCUAAUACACCAGAUAUUGAUAGGUAUGUAUACUAUGUAUUGGUGCGUAGAUAUAUAUAUAUAUAUAUAUAUAUAUAUAUAUAUACAUUAUACGCUAUAAAUGACGAGUAUAUAUUAUAUAAACAACGUAUUGAUGAUAUGCGUUAUAAAUCGUGCACUGCAUGUAUGGACAAUGAAUACUACAAUAAAAAGUUUAAC